AUGGCAAACGACGCAUUAGGCAAAUACGUUAGCAUCGUUAUCUUUGGAGCUUCUGGUGACUUGGCUAAAAAGAAGACAUUUCCUGCUCUUUUUGGACUCUUUCGUCAAGGUCUCUUACCAUCGACUGUACAGAUAAUUGGUUAUGCAAGAUCGAAGCUAGACAUCGAUGACUUUAAGAAGAGAAUUGCAGACCACUUUGACAUAAAGGAUGAGAAGAACAAGCCCAAGGUUGAUGAAUUUCUCAAAAUGGUUACUUACCAUUCCGGUGCUUACGACACCGACUCUGGAUACAAGGAAUUGAAUGAGAAGAUUGUCAAGUAUGAGAAGGAUAACAAUGUUACAAGACCAGAAAGGUUGUUUUACUUGGCUUUACCACCGUCUGCCUUUACCGGAGUAGCUGAACACUUGAAGACUAACGUUUACGUCGAAGGAGGUGCUAUCAGGCUCGUUGUUGAGAAGCCCUUCGGUCGUGAUUUGAAAACUUCCAGGGAGUUGCAAGACAAUUUAGCACCACUAUUUACUGAAGAUGAGUUGUAUAGAAUUGAUCAUUACUUGGGUAAAGAAAUGGUAAAGAACUUAUUGGUAUUGAGAUUUGGAAAUGAAAUUAUGAAUGCAGCAUGGAACAAGAAUCAUAUCAAAUCAAUUCAAAUUUCCUUCAAGGAGUCCUUCGGCACUGAGGGAAGAGGUGGUUACUUCGAUGAGAUUGGAAUCGUUAGGGAUGUUAUGCAAAAUCACUUGUUGCAAAUUUUGACAUUAUUAACCAUGGAAAGGCCCGUUUCCUUUGACCCAGAAGCUAUCAGAGAUGAAAAGGUUAAAGUCCUCAAAGCUUUUGGAGAAAUUGAUACUAAAAGAAUGUUGGUUGGUCAAUAUGCCAAAUCUGAAGAUGGUAAAAAGCCAGGUUAUUUGGAUGAUGACACAGUGAAGAAUGAUUCUAAAUGUGCGACUUACGCUGCACUCGCUCUUGAAUGUCAUAAUGAAAGAUGGGAAGGCGUUCCUUUCGUCAUGAGGGCUGGAAAGGCCUUGGACGAAUCUAAAGUUGAGAUUAGAGUUCAGUUCAAACCAGUCGCAAAGGGUAUGUUCGAGGAAAUUCAAAGAAACGAGUUGGUCAUCAGGAUUCAACCAGAUGAGGCUAUUUACAUGAAAAUAAACUCAAAGAUUCCAGGUGUUUCUACUGAAACUUCAUUGACAGAUUUGAAUUUGACUUAUUCUAAAAGAUAUUCUCAUGACUUUUGGAUCCCAGAGGCAUAUGAGUCAUUAUUGAGAGAUUGUCUUCUUGGUAAUCAUUCAAACUUCGUAAGAGAUGAUGAAUUGGACGUCUCAUGGAAGUUAUUUACACCUCUUCUUGAAUACAUCGAAGGCGAAAAUUCUCCAGAAUUAGAAAAGUACCCAUAUGGAUCCAAGGGACCAAAGCAUUUAAGGGAGUUUUUAAAUGAACAUGGUUAUGUAUUUUCCGACCCUGGUACUUAUCAAUGGCCCUUGACUACACCAAGCGUAAAGGGUAAGAUUUGA